CUGUACAAGGACGUGAUGAUGGAGAAUCACCGGCCCCUCACAUCACUGGAUGGGCCCAGUAACAGAGAUACCCCAGAGAGAUGUCCCCAUCCUCUGUAUUCCCAGAAUUGUACAGAGGAGAAUCACAGGAUCCCACAGGAGGAUCAGGUAGAACGUCUGUAUGAUAUUAAAAUAGAAGAUACAGAGGGAGAUGAAGAGACAUAUGUGACUGAUAUAAAGGCAGAAGAUACAGAGGGAGAUGAAGAGACGUAUGUGACUGAUAUAAAGGCAGAAGAUAUAGAGGGAGAAGAAGAGACGUAUGUGACUGAUAUGAAGGCAGAAGAUAUAGAGGGAGAAGAAGAGACAUAUGUGACUGAUAUAAAGGCAGAAGAUAUAGAGGGAGAAGAAGAGACGUAUGUGACUGAUAUGAAGGCAGAAGAUAUAGAGGGAGAAGAAGAGACGUAUGUGAUUGAUAUAAAGGCAGAAGAUAUAGAGGGAGAAGAAGAGACGCAUGUGACUGAUAUAAAGGCAGAAGAUAUAGAGGGAGAAGAAGAGACGUAUGUGACUGAUAUGAAGGCAGAAGAUAUAGAGGGAGAAGAAGAGACGUAUGUGACUGAUAUAAAGGCAGAAGAUAUAGAGGGAGAAGAAGAGACGUAUGUGAGGGGAGAUCAGCAGCGUAAGGAGGAGGAGAUCCCUACAGAUAUCAGCACAGCAGAUGGACACACAAGGAGGAAUAUCACAGAAGGACAUCUAAUGUUAUCCCCGGAUUGUGACAUAAAAGAUGACAGUAGACAGGAUUCUCCAGGAGCUAACCCCAUUACCGCAAUUAAACAUCCAGCUCUAUCAGCUGAUCCCCCUGAUCCUGGGAAAUAUUCUCCUGAUCACUCUGAUAUUGGUGCAUCUGUUACAGCUCUGAGAGUAGAUACAGUGUUUCCCUGUUCUAUAGAUGCCAAAUGUUUUACACAGAACACAAAGCGUAUUACCCAUCAGCCAGCUAAGGCAGGUGAGAGGCCAUUUCCAUGUUCUGAGUGUGGGAAAUGUUUUACACACAAAUCAGCUCUUGUUACACAUCAGAGAAGUCACACAGGUGAAAAGUCAUAUUCCUGUUCUGAGUGUAGGAAAUGUUUUCCACGGAAAUCAGAACUUGUUACACAUCAGAGAAGUCACACAGGUGAGAAGCCAUAUUCCUGUUCUGAGUGUGGGAAAUGUUUUGCAUGGAAAUCAAAUCUUGUUAAACAUCAGAGAAGUCACACAGGUGAGAAGCCGUACUUCUGUUCUGAGUGUGGGAAAUGUUUUGCAUCGAAAUCAAAUCUUGUUACACAUCAGAGGAAUCACACAGGUGAGAAGCCAUAUUCCUGUUCUCAGUGUGGGAAAUGUUUUGCAUCGAAAUCAUAUCUUGUUAUACAUCAGAAAAGUCACAGAGGUGAGAAGCCAUAUUCCUGUUCUGAGUGUGGGAAAUGUUUUGCAUCGAAAUCAUAUCUUGUUACACAUCAGAAGAGUCACACAGGUGAGGAGCCAUAUUCCUGUUCUGAGUGUGGGAAAUGUUUUGCAUAUAAAUCAAAUCUUGUUACACAUCAGAAGAGUCACACAGGUGAGGAGCCAUAUUCCUGUUCUGAGUGUGGGAAAUGUUUUGCAUCGAAAUCACAUCUUGUUAUACAUCAGAGAAGUCACACAGGUGAGAAGCCAUAUUCCUGUGCUGAGUGUGGGAAAUGUUUUGCAUUGAAAUCAGGUCUUGUUAUACAUCAGAAAAGUCACACAGGUGAGAAGCCAUAUACCUGUGCUGAGUGUGGGAAAUGUUUUCCACGUAAAUCAGAUCUUGUUACACAUCAGAGAAGUCACACAGGUGAGAAGCCAUAUUCCUGUUCUGAGUGUGGGAAAUGUUUCACACAGAAAUCACAUCUUGUUCCACAUCAGAAAAGUCACACAGGUGAGAAGCCGUACUUCUGUUCUGAGUGUGGGAAAUGUUUUGCAUUGAAAUCAAAUCUUGUUACACAUCAGAGGAAUCACACAGGUGAGAAGCCAUAUUCCUGUUCUCAGUGUGGGAAAUGUUUUGCAUCGAAAUCAUAUCUUGUUACACAUCAGAAAAGUCACACAGGUGAGAAGCCAUAUUCCUGUUCUGAGUGUGGGAAAUGUUUUGCAUCGAAAUCAUAUCUUGUUACACAUCAGAGAAGUCACACAGGUGAGAAGCCGUAUUCCUGUUCUGAGUGUGGGAAAUGUUUUGCACAGAAAUCAGAUCUUGUUACACAUCACAGAAGUCACACAGGUGAGAAGCCGUACUCCUGUUCUGAGUAUACCAAAUGUUUUACACAGAAAACAAAGCUUAUUACCCAUCAGGCAGCUAAGGCAGGUGAGAGGCCAUUUCCAUGUUCUGAGUGUGGGAAAUGUUUUGCACGGAAAUCGCAUCUUGUUAUACAUCAGAGAAGUCAUACAGGUGAGAGGCCAUAUUCUUGCUCUGAGUGUGGGAAAUGUUUUUCCCAGAAAUCACAUCUUGUUCUACAUCAGAGAAGUCACACAGGUGAGAGGCCGUUUUCUUGCUCUGAGUGUGGGAAAUGUUUUUCCCAGAAAUCACAUCUUGUUCUACAUCGGAGAAGUCACACAGGUGAGAAGCCAUUUUCUUGCUCUGAGUGCGGGAAAUGUUUUUCCCAGAAAUCACCACUUGUUACACAUCAGCGAAGUCACACAGGUGAGAAGCCAUUUUCUUGCUCUGAGUGUGGGAAAUGUGUUAGAUGGAAAUCACAACUUGUUACUCAUUACAGAAGUCACACAGGUGAGAAUAUAUUUCCAUGUUCUGAGUGUGGGAAAUGUUUUUCCCAGAAAUCACAUCUUGUUCUACAUCAGAGAAGUCACACAGGUGAGAGGCCGUUUACUUGCUCUGAGUGUGGGAAAUGUUUUCCCCAGAAAUCACAUCUUGUUCUACAUCAGAGAAGUCACACAGGUGAGAAGCCAUUUUCUUGCUCUGAGUGUGGGAAAUGUGUUAGAUGGAAAUCACAACUUGUUACUCAUUACAGAAGUCACACAUGUGAGAAUAUAUUUCCAUGUUCUGAGUGUGGGAAAUGUUCUGCACACAAAUCAGAUCUUAGAAACCAUGAGAGAAGUCACACAGGUGAGAAGCCAUUUCUCUAACGUCCUAAGUGGAUGCUGGGGACUCCGUAAUGACCAUGGGGA